UAUCCACGGAUAGAUGUUCGCUUUCAUGAGAAAGUCAAUGUUUGCUGGCUGUAUAGGGUUCAGUUAGAGACUAGUUCUUGGAAAAGGCGGAUGCCAGUUAGAGUGUUGAAAGUCCGUUGAUUGAUAGAGUUCAGUGAUUGUGUUUGACUGUGUAUCCGCGUGACUGUAAGAUGAUUAUUUGGGGGAUACUUUCAUUAGUACUUGCAAAUCACAACGGCUUGUUCGUAAAGGCAGAAGAAACAGAUCGAACGGCUACAUUCGAUCAACGACAGAGUGGUCAUUAUAAUAUUCAUAUUAGUAUCCAAGAUGUCGCUAUCUUUGAUUUAGAGGGAAACGAUUUUACCGACAAAAAACCUGGACUCGAGGAUUAUUACUACGAUGAUAGUGAUCUCACGAUUAAGCCAAUAGGUGCUUGGCUUUCGUCCAAACCAACUUUAGCGCCCACAACACCUACUCCUAUAGCUUCUCAGAUUGAUACCAACAUAACAUCACAGAGUAGUUUAAAUGCAACAUCAGAUAUUCCAGUUAUGUCUUCCACACAAUCUACUAUCGAAGUAGACAUCACCAAUCACUUGAAUACCACGCAACAGUUCAACGAGGAAGUCCCUAAGCCAAUGCUAACUACUAAAAAGCCAAAUGUGGUAAUCCUUGAAUCAGAAGCUUCGACACCAAAACCGGUCAAAAUAAUGCACUUUCCUGCCACUCUCGGAACCUUGAUCCCGGUUCAGGUGAUAUCUGAACCUCUUAUACAACGGGGACGACAUACAGCGGCGAGGCCGGCAGUAAGGCACAGUGAUAGCAUGAGAAAUGGAACUUUUAUUAAGUCUGGAAUCCCAUCGAGUACGCGACAAUUUGCAAACCACGGAUGCCGUCGUGGUCAAAUCAAGGAUGCAACGGGACAAUGCCGCAGCAGGCGAUCCACACUUCUAGGAAAAAUACUGAGUUUGAUCAAGUCUCUAACUCCCAGUGAAACAUAGCAUAGGAUAAUAGAGGAAGGAUUAAAAGAGUGAACCACCAUUUUUGUCUUUUGAUUUUGAUCUAUACCUUUACAUCUAAAUGAAAAGACUCUUUGUAUUUAUUAACCAAAAGCGCAAUAUAUAUUUCUAUCAAAGUUUAAAGAUAUUUCAAUAUUCUGCUUUAUUUAGACUAGAAUGUGUUUUCUUAUGAUUUGGCAAGUUUUCAUCGAAAGAAAAUAU